AGAAACAUCAACAUUGAUCGGUUUCCUCCUGCGUGCCCCCUAUUGGGGGUCAAGCCCGCAACUCAUGCUUGUGCCCUGACUCAGAAUCUAACCAAUGACCUCUUCUUGGUGCAUAGGUGGACAGUCUCUCUCAUCUUACCUUCUAGUUCAUAUCCCUUGAAUCGCUCCUUGUCUGCCCGAUAUUCAUAAUGUUCCUUCUGGAAAGCUUCCUCAAGAGUGAAAAUGAAUCUGUAUGCAACAUUAUUUUUAUUUCUUAAUACAUUUUGGGAAAGUUAAUUGCAACUGUAUGGUUCAGGGAUUUAGUGCAAGAAGAAGAACAGUUGAUGGAAGAAAAGAAAAAGAAAAAAGACGACAAGAAAAAGAAGGAAGCUGCUCAAAAGAAGGCCACUGAACAAAAAAUCAAAGUGCCAGAACAGAUAAAGCCCAGUGUAAGCCAGCCUCAGCCUGCCAACUCUAAUAACGGCACUUCCACAGCAACCAGCACUAAUAAUAAUGCCAAGCGAGCCACAGCCAACAGUCAGCAGCCGCCACAGCAGCCACAGCAGCAGCCACAGCAACCACAGCCACAGCAACCGCAGCCACCACAGGCCUUGCCUCGGUAUCCUCGGGAAGUACCACCACGAUUUCGCCACCAGGAACAUAAACAGCUUCUAAAGAGGGGUCAACAUUUUCCCGUCAUAGCAGCAAACCUUGGAUCUGCUGUUACAGUGUUAAGCAGCCAGUCAGAAAGCAGUGCUUUAAAAAACCAACACCCACAAAAUAACGGAGAGGUGCAGAACAGCAAAAACCAGUCAGAUACAAACCACAAUACUUCCGGAUCUCAUUAUGAAAAUUUGCCGUGGGGACCUGUGUCUUCUUCUAGCGACUCUAGCACAAACAGUAAGGAUGCUGUUGUAAACAACUCCCCUGAAAAAGAAGCAUGGCCCUUGGUCCCUGGCAGUGAUCCAGAGUUGGCUUCAGAAUGUAUGGAUGCUGAUUCCACCUCCAGUUCCGAAUCAGAAAGAAACAUCACUAUCAUGGCUUCAGGGAGCACAAGUGGUGAAAAAGAUGGCCUUCGGAACAGCACUGGACUUGGUUCCCAAAACAAGUUUGUGGUUGGCAGCGGCAGCAGCAAUAGUGUGGGUCGUGGAAGUAGUACUGGGCCCUGGGGCUUCUCCCAUGGAGCUGUAAUAAGCACAUGUCAGGUCUCUGUGGAUGCUCCUGAAAGCAAGUCAGAAAGUAGCAACAAUAGAAUGAAUGCUUGGGGCACUGUAAGCUCUUCAUCAAAUGGAGGGGUAAAUCCAAGCACUUUGACUUCAGCUAGCAGCCCUGGUGCCUGGCCAGUAUUAGAGAACAGCGGACUUGCCCUAAAAGGGCCUGUAGGGAGUGGUAGUCCUGGCAUCAAUAUUCAGUGCAGUACCAUAGGCCAGAUGCCUAACAAUCAGAGUAUUAACUCUAAAGUGGGUGGUUCUUCUACCCACGGUACCUGGGGAAGCCUUCAGGAAACUUGUGAAUCCGAUGUAAGUGGUACACAGAAGAUUUCAUUCAGUGGUCAACCUCAGAAUAUCACCACUGAAAUGACUGGACCAAAUAACACUACUAACUUUAUGACCUCUAGUUUACCAAACUCCAGUUCCGUACAAAAUAAUGAACUGCCUAGUAACACGGGGGCCUGGCGUGUGAGCACAAUGAAUCAUCCUCAGAUACAGGCUCCAUCAGUUAUGAAUGGCACUUCCCUUCCUCACCUUAGCAAUGGAGAGUCAAAAACUGCAGGCUCUUAUGGUACUACCUGGGGUGCCUAUGGUUCUAACUACUCUGGAGACAAAUGUGCAAGCCCCGAUGGCCAAGCUGAUGGUGACACUGUGAACGCAACUCUGAUGCAGCCUGGCAUGAAUGGGCCUGUGGGCACUAACUUUCCAGUUAACACAAAUAAAGAAGGUGUGUGGGAGUCGGGGGCCACAAAUCCCCAGAGUGCAUCCUGGGGAAGUGGAAAUGGUGCAAACUCGGGAGGAAGUCGAAGAGGAUGGGGAACUCCUGCACAAAACACUGGCACUAAUGUACCCAGCGUGGAGUGGAGUAAACUGCCUGGCAAUCAGCAUUCCAGCGACAGUGCAAAUGGCAAUGGGAAGAAGUUUACAAAUGGAUGGAAUUCUACUGAGGAAGAGGAUCAGGGUUCUGCCACAUCUCAGACAAAUGAGCAAAACAGUGUGUGGGCCAAAACAGGAGGUACAGUGGACAGUGAAGGUAGUACAGAAAGCACUGGACGCCUUGAGGAAAAAGUCACUGGGGAGAUUCAGAGUAGAGAUAGAAGAAAAAUUGAUCAGCACACAUUACUCCAAAGCAUUGUUAACAGAACUGACUUAGAUCCACGUGUCCUAUCGAAUUCUGGUUGGGGACAAACUCCUAUUAAGCAGAAUACUGCCUGGGAUACGGAGACAUCACCUAGAGGGGAACGAAAGACUGACAAUGGGACAGAGGCCUGGGGGAGCUCUGCAACACAGACUUUUAACUCAGGGGCAUGUAUAGACAAGACUAGCCCUAAUAGUAAUGAUACCUCAUCUGUAUCGGGGUGGGGAGAUCCCAAGCCUGCUCUGAGGUGGGGAGAUUCCAAAGGCUCAAACUGCCAGGGGGGAUGGGAAGAUGAUUCUGCUGCUACAGGAAUGGUCAAGAGCAAUCAGUGGGGGAAUUGCAAAGAAGAGAAGUCCACAUGGAAUGAUUCGCAAAAGAACAAACAGGGCUGGGGUGAUGGACAAAAGUCAAACCAAGGGUGGUCUGUUUCUGCCAGUGAUAACUGGGGAGACACGUCAAGGAGUAACCAUUGGGGUGAGGCUAAUAAGAAAUCUAGCUCAGGAGGUAGUGACAGUGACAGGUCCGUUUCUGGUUGGAAUGAACUUGGUAAAACUAGUUCUUUUACUUGGGGAAAUAAUAUAAAUCCAAAUAAUUCAUCAGGAUGGGAUGACUCUUCUAAAUCUAACUCUUCCCAAGGAUGGGGAGAUCCUCCAAAGUCGAGUCAGUCGCUGGGUUGGGGAGAUUCAGCAAAGCCAGUCAGCUCUCCAGACUGGAACAAGCAACCAGAUGUUGUUGGGUCUUGGGGAGUUUCUUCAGCUCCAGGCAAACCCUCUGGUACAGGCUGGUUGGGAGGACCUAUUCCAGCCCCAACAAAAGAAGAAGAACCCACCGGCUGGGAGGAACCAUCCCCAGAAUCCAUACGGCGCAAAAUGGAAAUUGAUGAUGGAACCUCAGCUUGGGGAGAUCCCAGCAAAUACAACUACAAGAAUGUGAACAUGUGGAACAAAAAUGUUUCAAAUGGCAGCAGCCGCUCUGACCAGCAAGCACAGGUGCACCAGCUGCUGCCGUCUGCAAGUGCCAUCUCAACUCCAGAGGCAGGUGGUGGCUCCGGCUGGGGUGAGCCCUGGGGGGAGCCUUCUACUCCAGCCACAACUGUGGAUAAUGGUACUUCAGCAUGGGGUAAACCCAUAGACAGUGGUCCCAGCUGGGGGGAACCCAUUGCUGUGGCAUCCAACACAUCCACGUGGGGCUCCAGCUCUGUUGGUCCACAAGCGUUAAGCAAAUCUGGGCCAAAAUCUAUGCAAGAUGGCUGGUGUGGUGAUGAUAUGCCAUUGCCUGGAAAUCGCCCCACUGGCUGGGAAGACGAAGAGGAUGUGGAGAUUGGAAUGUGGAAUAGUAAUUCAUCUCAAGAGCUUAACUCAUCUUUAAAUUGGCCACCAUAUACAAAGAAAAUGUCAUCGAAGGGUCUGAGUGGCAAAAAAAGGAGAAGGGAAAGGGGAAUGAUGAAGGGUGGAAGCAAACAAGAAGAAGCGUGGAUAAACCCAUUUGUUAAACAGUUUUCAAAUAUCAGUUUUUCGAGAGACUCACCAGAAGAAAAUGUGCAGAGCAAUAAGAUGGACCUUCCUGGAGCUUUGCUUGUGAGGAAUGCAGGACUGACUAAAGACCCCAGUGCGUUUCUCACAUCCUUGUCCAGGCAGAAGGCAGGAAUGUUACAAGACAAACGAAUGGAGAUAGAUAAACAUAGCCUAAAUAUUGGUGAUUACAAUCGAACGGUCGGGAAAGGCCCUGGUUCUCGGCCUCAGAUUUCCAAAGAGUCUUCCAUGGAGCGCAAUCCUUAUUUUGAUAAGGAUGGCAUUGUAGCAGAUGAAUCCCAAAACUUGCAGUUUAUGUCCAGUCAGAGCAUGAAGCUCCCCCCUUCAAAUAGUGCACUACCUAACCAGGCCCUCGGCUCCAUAGCAGGGCUGGGUAUGCAAAACUUGAAUUCUGUUAGACAGAAUGGCAAUCCCAGUAUGUUUGGUGUUGGAAACACAGCAGCACAACCCCGGGGCCUGCAGCAGCCUCCAGCACAACCUCUCAGUUCAUCUCAGCCUAAUCUCCGUGCUCAAGUGCCUCCUCCAUUACUCUCCCCUCAGGUUCCAGUUUCAUUGCUGAAGUAUGCACCAAACAAUGGUGGCCUGAAUCCGCUCUUUGGCCCUCAACAGGUAGCCAUGCUGAACCAGCUCUCCCAACUAAACCAGCUUUCUCAGAUCUCCCAGUUACAGCGGUUGUUAGCACAGCAGCAAAGGACGCAGAGUCAGAGAAGCGUGCCUUCUGGGAACCGGCAGCAGCAAGACCAGCAGAGUCGACCUCUUAGUGUGCAGCAGCAAAUGAUGCAACAGUCUCGUCAGCUUGAUCCAAACCUGUUGGUGAAACAGCAGACGCCGCCAUCUCAGCAGCAGUCACUCCAUCAGCCAGCCAUGAAAUCUUUCCUUGAAAAUGUCUUGCCCCACACCACACCUGAGCUGCAAAAAGGGCCAUCACCAAUCAAUGCUUUCAGCAACUUCCCUAUAGGCUUGAACUCAAACUUGAAUGUAAAUAUGGAUAUGAACAGUAUUAAAGAGCCACAGUCAAGACUAAGGAAGUGGACUACAGUGGACAGCAUUUCUGUGAACACAUCUUUGGAUCAAAACUCCAGCAAACAUGGUGCUAUUUCAAGUGGUUUCAGGCUGGAAGAGUCUCCGUUUGUUUCCUAUGACUUCAUGAACAGCAGUACUUCACCUGCCAGCCCUCCAGGUUCAGUAGGAGACGGCUGGCCACGUGCCAAAUCGCCCAAUGGCUCUAGCAGUGUUAAUUGGCCACCAGAAUUUCGUCCUGGUGAACCAUGGAAAGGUUAUCCAAACAUCGACCCAGAAACUGACCCUUACGUCACUCCUGGCAGUGUCAUAAACAGUCUUUCAGUUAAUACUGUGCGGGAAGCUGACCACCUCAGGGACAGGAACAGUGGGUCAUCUUCAUCCUUGAACACCACGCUGCCUUCAACUAGUGCCUGGUCAUCCAUUCGUGCCUCCAACUACAACGUUCCCCUCAGCAGUACAGCACAAAGCACUUCAGCCAGAAAUAGUGAUUCCAAAUUGACGUGGUCUCCGGGUUCAGUCACAAACACCUCUCUGGCCCAUGAGCUGUGGAAGGUCCCUUUGCCACCUAAAAACAUCACUGCUCCGUCCCGCCCACCUCCGGGGCUCACUGGUCAGAAGCCACCCUUGUCUACGUGGGAUAAUUCUCCCCUUCGUGUAGGUGGAGGAUGGGGAAAUUCUGACGCCAGGUAUACCCCAGGGUCCAGCUGGGGUGAGAGCAGCUCAGGGAGAAUAACAAAUUGGCUUGUUCUAAAAAACCUUACACCUCAGAUUGAUGGCUCAACUCUGCGCACCCUGUGCAUGCAGCACGGCCCCCUGAUAACAUUCCACCUGAACCUCCCACAUGGAAACGCUUUGGUCCGUUACAGUUCAAAGGAAGAGGUAGUGAAGGCACAGAAGUCUCUGCACAUGUGUGUAUUGGGGAACACUACUAUUCUCGCUGAGUUUGCCAGUGAAGAGGAGAUCAGUCGUUUCUUUGCACAAAGUCAGUCUCUGACCCCUUCCCCCGGCUGGCAGUCCCUCGGGUCCAGCCAGAGCCGGCUGGGCUCCCUCGACUGCUCCCACUCGUUCUCCAGCCGGACUGAUCUCAAUCACUGGAAUGGUGCUGGGCUGGCGGGAACUAACUGUGGAGACCUUCAUGGCACUUCCCUCUGGGGGACUCCGCACUAUUCCACAAGCCUGUGGGGUCCUCCAAGCAGCAGUGACCCCCGAGGAAUGAGCAGCCCAUCCCCCAUUAAUGCUUUUCUUUCUGUUGACCACCUGGGUGGGGGUGGAGAGUCCAUGUGACAGGUAGAGGUAGACUCGUGACCAUGACCUCAAGAUUCGAAGGAAAGGGGCACUAAGUUGAGCUCGCUGCCUGCAGCCGGGGCCACCUGUGGGAACAGCUCUUCUCUGCACAUUUUCCACUUUGUUUUCCCCGAAACAUAUCAGUUUGAAUACUUGAAUCAUGCAGGCCAAUAUAUAAUGUGAAGGUGUCUCGUCCCACUCCCACUGGCGCCGUGCGUGCUGACCGCGUAGUGAGCUCACUUGUGCGUAUUCAUCAUGUUUAGCCUUUGGGUUCUUUUCUUUUUCUUUUUUUCUUCCUAUUCCCCCACCCCACUCCCUUUUGUUAUUGCAAAACCAUUAUUUGGGCUGAUGAUGUAUGAGCUUUUACCUUUGCACUGAAUGAUGUUCUCUCCGUCUGAUCGGCAGUGGGGGGGCAGCUGUUCCGGUGUGAUGUUUACUCAAGGACGUUGUAAGGUGUGUGCUUCUCCACGAUGCCUUGAUGUCCGCCUACCUUACUGUGGUGUCAUGGGGUUUGAGAUCGCGUUAUGAUGCUGACUUAGGACGAUAAAUGAAAGUAUUGCACCAUUUCUUCAUGUUAUAAAACUAAAGAAUUUCGCUCUGCAGUUUGAAAAACUGUGGCCACAGCUGUGACUUGCAGCCCACCUGCCACCCAGGACGGGCCCGCACUUUGAAUAGGCUUUUCCAUUUUCUUUUGAAGGCUCCCACGUUGAACCUUCUUGUUUACAGAUUUUUUUGUUUGUUUUUUGAGAAAAAAAUGUUUACUCUUCCAUCAUUUAAAAAAAAAUUAAAAGACAAAAAAAAAAUGGAGGAUGACUUAAAAAAUGCUUUCUAUCUCUGGGAAAAGGAGCAGCAUUUGGCCAUGUUCUUUUGUUUUUCUAUUCCUGUCCUAAAUCAAAGAGCAUGGUUCUCAGGAAAACCAGUUCCCCAGUUAAAAAAAAUCCUUGUAGUUUCUUAUAGGAAAAGAGGAAACCCCAAGUUCUAGCACUGAUACUAUGUAUUGCUCUGUUAAAGAAUUUUCUCUGCCAAAAAAGAAAAACAAAAAACAAAAAAAUGCUUCAAGCUGGAGUUCGACGUUCUGCUUUCAGACGCUGUCUUUUUAUUAGUGAGUGAUGAUGGUUUGCUAAUAAUCAGUAGGUAAUAAUUUUUGUAAUCCCAUCAAGUGGCUCUCUGUUUCUGCUGUCGUGACUGUGUUAAUGUUUAACUGUUGUACCUUAAAGCUGAAAUCAGUAACUAUGCAUCCUGUAAGCAAGGUAUUGGGCUUACAGAAUCGUUCAUUGUAUAAAGAAAAUUUUAAAUGUUGUUGCGAACUAACGAGUUACACCAUUUUUACAGUUUCUUUCUCUCCUCCCCCCUUUUUUGCCCACAAAUGGUAUUAUAAUGCUUGCUUAGUCGAAGGAGAGACUAAACAAGGGUAAAAAUUUUAACAGAGAAUUUGCCAUCAUUUCAUUGCCUUGAUUCUAACUGUUUGUGUCCUACGAUGCAAAAGAAGUCAGUGGCUUUUAACUGUUUACAAAUAGAAUGUGAUUGUAAAAUGUACAGUUUGGUUGUGUUUAAUUAUGAAAUUUCUUUAGGUAUAAUAAACCAUGACUUUUUGGCUGCUCAACAUUAAUUGUCUCUUUUUUGUGAAUUUAUUUGUACGCUCUUUUUAUAAUGAAAGUUUUCAAGUUGCCAUGUAUGAGGGUUCUCAUAGUGCAACUGAUUAAAAAUCUAAGCAAAUAUUGGAACAUUUUAUCUGAACUUAUCCACAAUCUUGCCCUGAAACAAUGUGAGAACAAUGGGAAACUGUAGCUUGCUCCCUCCGGCCCUCCGAGCACCUGUGGGAUCUUGUUGCUCAGAGCUCCUGUGACUUCAUCUUCCUACCGUUUGUGCCCGUCUCAGGCCUCAGCGAGACCAUCCAGGACAUGCAGCCUGCUGCCCUGGCGGUGCCCUGGCGCUGAGCCCAUGCCUCUGUCGCAGAGCAGGAGGUGCCACGCCCAGACUGGCCUUCUCCUCUGCAGGAGCUCCGGGUGUGACCCCCAGGUCUCGCUCCCCCGGCCAGGUGUAAGCUGGUGUUCAGUCGUUCGAUGUGUAUUGACUUCCAUACUGGUUUUUCCAAAAACCAAAGGUAGCUUUGAAAAACCACGUCUGGAGAUGUUUGGAACGUUGAGCUGAUUGACCUUUUGGGGCUUUGAGAAGUAUAUAAUUGACUUCAUAACUGCGUUAAUUGUAUUGUUCAAGUGUUUGGGAGUUUUUUGCGCU